AUCUUUUUUGUAUGCAUAGUAAAUGGGCGUUUAAUACGGGAUAAUCUCGAUGAUAGCUAGAAUUUCAAUCUUUACAAACUUGAAAUAGUAAUGGCGGAAAGUUCGGACGCAUUGGGAUUGGGUAAUAACUACGAAGAGGCUGUCGAACAGGACAAAACCAAUGUUCCUGUUCAAGAAGCAGAAGAAGGAAAACAAGAAGAAGAAGGAGAAGAAGAUGAUGCAGAUGACGACAACAAUGGAGAUUAUGAUGAUGAAGAAGAAGAAGAAGAAGAAGAAGAAUACAGUUUCAGAUUCAAGGAAGGAGUGAAUCCUUUGGACUUCGUUGAAGACAAUGCGUUGAGUGGCCAACCUUACAAGCAAUUCGAGCGACUUGAGUAUGAAGCUCUUGCUGAGAAGAAAAGGAAAGCCCUUGCCGAUUCCCACCGCCGUGAAGGAUCGAUUAAGAAGGCGAGAGUUGAGGAUGCUUCUAGAGCUACCAUGGAGGAAAUAAUGAAAGCCAUGAAUUAUGGCGUUCGUAGGAAAUCAAGAGAGCCUAAGAAAAGAGGUAGGCAGAAAGGAUCCAAAAACAAACCCAACCGUGAGGUAGUACAAAAGCUUGGUGAAGCUACUCUUUAUUAUGCACAUGGCCGUUAUGAAGAGGCCAUAUCUGUGUUGCAUCAGAUUGUUUUGAAAGCACCACAUUUACCUGAUGCAUAUCAUACACUUGGACUUGUCCACACUGCAAUGGAUGAUACUGAGAGAGCCUUAGGUUUCUAUAUGCUUGCUGCACAUCUAAUGCCUAAAGAUUCAUCGCUUUGGAAGUUGCUAGUUUCUUGGUCAACUGAAAAGGGAGACAUUGCUCAAGCUAAUUACUGCCUUACUAAAGCGAUAACAGCUGAUCCUAACGACAUUCAGUUAAGAUUGCUACGUGCGUCACUCUAUCUUGAGCUUAGGGAUGCUCAAAAGGCUGCUGAAUCAUAUGAUCAGAUAUAUCAACUUUGUCCUGAAAAUGUUGAAGCCCUUAAGACAGGAGCAAAGUUGUACAAAAGAUGUGGUCUGGUAGAACGUUCCAUCCAUAUACUUGAGGACUAUCUUAAUAAUCAUCCCACUGAGGCUGAUUUAAGUGUGAUUGACCUGCUGGCUUCCAUACUGAUGGAGACCAAUGAGCAUAGCAAAGCUCUUCAGCAUAUUGAACAUGCACUUUUGGUGUACUGUUCUGGGAAAGAGUUGCCUUUCAAUUUGACCGUUAAAGCAGCAAUCUGCCACAUUUAUUUGGGGAAUAUGAAGAAAGCUGAGAUGCUUUUUGGUGUUCUACAGACAGAAAAUGCUGCUCAUCAUAUUCACUUUGGCAUUGAAGUUGCAGACACAUUAAUGAGUCUCGGGCAUUAUGAUUUUGCAUUAAUGUAUUAUCUGAUGUUGGAAGGAAUACCUGGUAGUGACAAAGGCUUUUUACAUCUGAUGAUAGCUCGUUGUUACAUAUCCUUGAAGGAUAGAAUACAUGCAAUUAUAUUCUUCCAGAAAGCCCUUGCAACACUUCCAGACAAUAUUGGUGCUCGAUUAACCUUGGCUUCCCUCCUCCUUGAGGAAAGUAAAGACGACGAAGCUAUUUCAUUGCUAUCUCCUCCUAUGAAUUUAGAAUUUACUGAUCAACAUUCUCAGAAAUCUAAGCCAUGGUGGCUUAAUGAAAAAGUAAAGCUAAAGAUUUGCAAUAUAUACUUAGCUAAAGGGAUGCACGAGGACUUUGUGGAUGCAAUUUUUCCUCUGGUUCGUGAGUCAUUAUAUUGCUGUGAAACUCAUAAACAAAAGGUUAAAGUGAGAAGGCGGCUCAAAACGAGAGAUCUGAAUGAAAGAGUCAAAGUACUAGAUACACAUGCGCCUGAUAACUUAUUUGGUGGAUUUAGACCUGUAGCUUCUAGCUCGGAUCUGUUGAAAGCCUCCAGAGCAAAGAAGUUGCUUCAGAAGAAAGAGGAGCAGAAAGCGAAGGCAGUUGCAGCAGGAGUAGACUGGCAAUCUGAUGAUGGUUCAGAUGAUGAGCCUUCGUUACGAGAACAUAGAGAAGCUCCAUUGCCAAAUAUCCUUAAAGACGAAGAGCAUCACCAUCUUAUCGUCAAUUUGUGCAAGGCAUUAGCCACCUUGAGACGAUAUUCAGAUGCGUUAGAGAUUGUAAGUCUCACUCUCAGAUUGGCAAAUAACAUUUUCCCUGCUGACAAGGAGGAGCUUCGGGUCCUUGGAGCUCAACUAGCAUACAACAUCACGGAACCUAAGCAUGGAUUCGACUAUGUCAAAUACAUUGUUCAACAGAAACCGUACAGCAAUGCUGCCUGGAACUGCUACUACAAAGUAAUUUCAAGAUUGGAGAAUCGUGAUACAAGACAUUAUAAGUUUCUACAAACUAUGCAUGGCAAGCUCAAGGAUUGUGUCCCCCCCAUUCUUAUUUCUGCACAUCAACUUACCAUUGCUAGCCAUCAUCAAGAUGCUGCAAGGAAAUAUCUUGAAGCCUAUAAAUUGCUACCGGAUAAUCCCUUGAUUAGUCUCUGUGUUGGUUCAGCUUUGAUUAACUUGGCAUUAGGAUUCAGACUUCAAAACAAGCAUCAAUGCAUUGCACAAGGCAUGGCCUUCCUAUACAAUAAUUUAAGGCUCUGUGAAUCUAGCCAGGAAUCCUUAUACAACAUUGCCCGGGCGUACCAUCAUGUCGGCCUUGUAUCACUGGCAGCUACAUAUUAUGAAAGAGUUCUUGCAAUUCAUGAGAAGGAUCAUCCCAUUCCUAAGCUUCCCAAUGAGAAUCCAAUCUCAAAAGAGCAGAGACCUGGUUACUGUGACCUUCGCAGGGAAGCAGCGUUCAAUCUGCAUCUUAUCUACAAAAGAAGUGGAGCUUUUGAUCUUGCUAGACAAGUCCUUAAGGAUCACUGCACCUUUUGAGUCUUCAUGCCGACGAUACUGAAGAAUUAUCCGUCGACAGAAAAAGUCAAUUCGAUUUUUUUUUACUUUUAAAUAUUUGAUAUUUUUAGACUUCUAGAAGGAAGUUGAUUUUGAUGCAGAUACAACAGUUGAAAAACUAGUAGUGCAUUUUUCCAUGUUCUAGCCCAUAUUUAUCAUAGCAUACCAGAUUUAAUUUCUGAUUGUUUUGU